AUGAAGCUUUUGUAUGGAUUGAGCGUGAUUAGAACGCUGAGAGCAAAUGGCGAAGUAGAGCUGCCUUCUGACUGUAGAGAUGAUUUGCCGAGAGAGGCUUGUUUGGACAAGGUUUAUGUUGAUACCUGCUCGACAUCCGAUUGCCAUGACGUUAUCGGGGAAGAACAAUGUUUCGAACUUAUCAAGCGGCACGCAAUCUCGCCUUGCAAGAAGCUCAAUUUCCAUAGUCGAUUUCAAUGCCGCGAAACCUGCUCCAUCUGCUCGCCAAGUGGGCCUGUUAUUUCCCUAAAAUCCGCGCGAGAUCCAGAAGAAUUCCUCAACCCCGAAUUGGGAGAAAAUCUUUUUAAACCCUUCAACCCAAACGCCACUCCUUCGAACAAAAAUACACUUCCAGAGACAAUUUUCGACCUUCCAAAAAAGAAAUCGAAAAAAGAAGAAGAGGAAAAAAUUUCGCCAAAAGAGACGACAGAAGAAGAGAUGAACGAGAUUUUGAAUAUGAAGAGCGAAGUCAAGAUUCCGUUCUGGAUGAUUGUCGCGGUGGGAAGCAGCUGGUUGGUUUUGCUUUGGUUGGCGGCUUGGGUGGGCUGGAAAUGUCGACAGUGUGUUCAGAAGAAGAGUGAUUUUGAAAAGGAAGAGAUGAUUUCAGCGGCGAAAUCUUAUGCGAGAAGAAAUACCUCCGAUCCUCUUCCCAUCCCAGAAACUCUCUUAAAACUCUACCGAGAUCAAUCCAGCUCUGACGUCUCCAAAUCCUACCUUAUCAAAAACUUCCAAAGCUCCGAUUCAACUUCGAACUCGGAAAAGUUCCAUCACGAAGUUGAGCGAGAAAAAGAGCCGAAUCGGGAAGCAUCACGUGAUCAGCGAGAGGCGAAGAAACGAAACGGAAAAGAGGGAAAAAGUCGAGACAAUAGAAAAUCUCAGAAAACGGCUGGAAGACGUGGCGGAUAUGGAGUUGAGACGAGUGCAGAAUCGGGCAUCGAAGUCUCCGAUUCCGACAGGCAACGACUUACGACCCUACAAGACUAUCAUAACAGUGUAAAUCGCCAAUCCUCGACCUCCAGCGCCAUUCCUGUAAAUAUGCUCCUCGCCAAAGACCAAAAAGCUCUCCCCUCUACCGACCGCCCCGUGAUUCCCAGAAGACUAACUCCCGAAGAAAUUCGCCAAAAAGAACUGCUUCAGAUGGUUUCUCAGGCAAACAAUCAAAUUUUGAUCAGAAAGAAUUCUACGACAGAGAAUUCGACUAAUGAUGGAAUUGAUGAUGUCAAUGUCGUUCCAUUGGGGAGCAAGAAAGUCAGUCUUGGAGACAUAGAAGAGAACAAAAUUGAAAAACAAGAAAACCAAAAAUGCUCAAGAAAACCCCGUUCAACCCCUCUUUCAAAAUGGGCCGACUCAAUGAAAGAACUUCCCGUUGAAAACUCCGGCGUCUGUCUCGCCCGAGAAAUUCACGAAAAUGCAAAAGCUCUCCCUGAACUCCCCGAAGAAGAAAAAAUUCAGCGAAAAGAGCGUCGACGAAAUCGAGGCCAUACGAGAAAUAUUGAGAAGAUCAAGAAGCGAAUUAACAAAUUGGAUAGAGAAUGCGCGCUGACGAAUUCGGAGAUUGACCUGAGCGAGCUGUCGGAUGAUGGGGUGAUGGAGUCUGUACGAUACUAA